AACACCAUUUCCAACGGUGUUUGUUUUGUUCUUAUGGAAAUUUAUCCCAGAGAGUCCUCGCUGGCUGCUUAUGCAUGACAGAAUUGAAGAUGCAGAAAAGGUUUUGAGCUCCAUUGCAAUAGGAAACAAAAAAACGCCAAUAAGUUCUGAUGCACUGAGAAAAUUUGUUGAGGAAGAAAAAGCCAAAGCUGUAACUUUGAAACACUACGCCAUCUGGGACUUGUUUAGGACACCGCAGCUAACAAAAUAUACAUUGGUUCUCAUGUUCAAUUGGUUCGUGUACUCUAUGACAUUUUAUGGACUAUCGCUCAACGUGAAGCAGUUGCCCGGAGACGUGUAUGUCAACUUUGCUCUUUUGUCAGCGCUUGAGUUAGUGGCACUUGUUUCUGUUUUAAUAACUGGCAACAGAGCAGAUGCUGUUGAUAUGUAA